UAAACUGCAUUCACACGAAACCACUGAUUAAAACAACAUAUUAAAAUUUAUUUUGUUAGUUUAUAUCACAAACUGAAAUGUGAAAACAUGUAUCAUUGCUUGGAAACAGCUGUAUUGCAGUGAUUGGAAUCCAUCUUUAUUCUCUUAUAUCAGAAUUUGUAGGACAUAUAUUUCCAUUAUGUUUAUCACGAAGAUUUUGCCUUGCCCUAAUGUCCGAAUUUUGCAGUCAACCAAAACUAAAACCUUAAUAAAUGGAUUACUCUUGAACACCUACAUAGCCAAAAAUUAUUAUUGCAGUCAUAAAAAUGAACAAAAAGGCACUUUGGCAAGUUCUACGCAACAGACGCAAGUAAAUACAGAAGUAAAGCCUUUAGGGGAAAGAUUGAAAGAAAAUACUAAAACAGCUUCUUAUAUGGGAGUCAUUAUUCUCGGUGCAGGUGUUACUGGACUUAUGUUUUAUGCUAUUUUUAGGGAACUAUUCUCUAGCAAAAGUCCUAAUGGAGUCUAUUCAGCUGCUUUGGAUAAAUGUAUGAAGGAUUACCGAAUUGAAGAUUCCCUAGGAGCUCCUAUUAAAGCUUAUGGGGAAGAAACGAGAAGAGGCCGACGUGGCCAUGUAGCUCAUACUUCUUAUAUUAAAGAUGGCAUUCCGCAUAUGCAAAUGAUGUUUCACUUACAAGGAAUAAGAAAUAGAGCACAGGUUCGACUCGAAGUCAAAGAAAAUGAGAGCGGUAACUGGGAAUAUCGUUAUUUGUUUGCACAACUGGAAGAUUAUCCUAGAACAACAAUAAUUUUAGAAGAUAACAGACUUCCUAAAUCAAUUACAGAUAGUUCAUUAGGUUUAUCCUAGUUUUAUGAACGAUGUUACAUUGUAUUGUAAAUAAAUGAAGUUAAACUAUGAUAUUGUAUUGCUAAUAAACUAAUGUCUAUGCAUCAUUGUAUGAGGUAGAAACUUGUUUAUUUUUAUCUUCCAGAAGAAGAAUAUUUU